AUGGCGUCCGUGGCUUCAUCGACACCAACCGUGCAAGACGCGACCCUUCCCAAGAAUCCCACUUCGGCGCAACCAACGUACAAUUUCAGCUUUACACCUUUUCUGCGCAGUAACGGUCUCGCCGCUCUCGCAUCCACCGUGCCCGUCUGUCCUGACUUCGCCAGUACAGGCCACUGUCCCCGCGGACGUCGCUGCCCCGACCGCCAUCCCACCCCCACCCAAGCGCAGGCACCCCAUUCCCAACAACAUCACUACGGUCGCCACGCCAAUGAUAACUAUGUCUGCAAGCACUGGCUCAAGGGUCUCUGCAAGAAGGGCGACGCCUGCGACUACCUCCACGAGUACAACCUGCGAAAAAUGAGCGAAUGCCAGUUUUACAAUCAAAACGGGUAUUGUCAGAACGGCGACGAGUGUCUCUACGUACACGUCAAGGAGGGUUCCAAGCUGCCCAUGUGUGAAGACUACAACAAAGGUUUCUGCGAGAAGGGCCCUAGAUGUCCAAACCGACACGUCAGGAGAAAGCUGUGCGAAUUCUAUCUGGCCGGGUUCUGUCCGGACGGGAAAGAGUGCAAAUUUGGGGUUCAUCUGAAAAGUGGUCCUGCGGCGGCGGCUGCGGCUGCAGCAGAGAAGGACGCCGAUGCACACAGGAGAGAACGAGCCGCGGAAAUGGACAAGAGAGAAGAAGAAUCGCGCAAAGACUACGGCUGGAAGGGCGGCAGAGGUGGAAAGGCGGGAAGAUGGAGAAGCAAACGAGACAGAAGGUGA